AUCAGUGUCUCCUGUCCAGUUCACCAGUACUUCCUGUUGGACAAGUGUAUCCACAUCUCUGCUGCUGUUUAUAAGGAAGUCAAAAAGACAAACAUAGUCUGUAAUGUAGGAGUCUAGAGGAUAGUUACACUGCUCCAAAGCCACCAUAUUUCGAAACAAAACCUCAGUACGAUCUUCCACUGUCAACUGCGGCAUUUGAAGAACUCCUCCUGAAAAUUUCAAGUCUAGUAAAGAAAACAGUGGCCCAACAGAAGGCCUAAACCUGUGGCCCAGUAUCGAGACUUAAGUCUCUCCUUUGCAAAAUAUCUUUAGAAUCAGAAAGUGGCUGAGAACGUUGAAAGCUUCAAAUCCCGUGUGCUCUGCAAGGACGAUGCGCGACAAAGACACUUGGAUGUCCGUUCCGGUCAGUUCGAUAGUGAUGGAAAGUAUUCCGGUGAGAUGGCCAUGGGUGGCAGAUGAGAAGGAUAUCGGAAGAAAAGAAGAUGCACGGUAAAGAAAUUACUGGAAAAAGAUGAGCAAGGAUGAUGUAGAGAUCGAUAUUAAAAAGUUGUUGGAGAAAGGAAAGUCUCUCAUAACUGAUGAGUGUUGCAUCUACAGAGUACCCUUAAAUAUUCGCAAACUCAACGAAGAUGCUUACACCCCACAGGUUGUUUCUAUUGGCCCUUUUCACCAUGACACCAUCGAUCGCCUUCGGGAUAUGGAAAGUCACAAAAGAAUGUAUUGCAAGUCAUUUCUUGAUCGAACCCAUACGACAUCGGAAAGCUGGAUCAGCUACAUUGAACGUGAGGAGCCCAAAAUUCGCAGUUGUUACUCAGGUACACUUGUCUCCGACAAGAAGAAACUGCUAGAGAUAAUCUUUGUGGAUUGCGGUUUUAUACUUGAACUCUUUUGGAGAAAAUAUUAUGAUGACAAUGUGUUAAGUGAUGACAUCAAUUCUCUUUCAGCACCAUGGCUAACCAAUAUGAUGCUAUAUGAUUUGUUGUUACUUGAAAAUCAACUUCCCUUUUAUGUCCUUGACAAUCUCUAUUCGGCCAGCUAUGAUUCUACAUAUGGUCGUAAUUGUAACAUCCCUUCGUUCAUCGAGCUUACGUAUAGGUUUUUUGGCCGUUUCAAUAUAUCCGAGUUGACUUUUGUCAACAAUAACGAGAUAAAACACUUCACUGAUCUGAUACGAGUCUUUCACUUUAAACAUCCUUGGAGAGGAGAACAAGAGCUUUCAAGGAGCGACGAAUUUCUGAAACAUCUUCCCAGUGCUACUCAGUUGUCAGAAGCAGGAGUAAGGUUUAAGGUAACCGAAAGUAAAUGUUUACUGGAUUUGAAAUUUACAAAAUCGGUUCUUGAAAUCCCGCAAUUGCUUGUACAUGAUGCUUCUGAACUUGUGUUUCGCAACAUGAUAGCUUUAGAGCAGUGUCAUUAUCCUUAUGAGUCCUAUAUUACUGAUUAUAUUGUAGUUCUGGACGUUCUAGUAAACACAAGCCAUGACGUGGAUCUACUGCUUCGAAAGGGAAUACUGGUGAACUUUUUAGGAGACAGCGAUUCUGCGGCUAAAAUGAUUAAUGGUCUUUGUAAAAAUUUACUGCAGAUAAAUUUUAGUUGCCAUUACUUUCGUCUCUGCGAAGACUUGAAUGCUUUCCUUAGAAAUCCCUUUCGUAAAUUGAGGUCAAGUUUGAAACGUAAUUAUUGGCAAACCGCUGCUACCUCUGCUGUAAUUCUUCUUGUUCUCUCUUUUGUUCAAACACUUUGCUCUAUCUGGGAACUAUACAAGCGUUAGAAGUCAAUACCUGCUCAAUAACUCUUUCCUCUUUCUUUGGUUGCUGUUUAUGUUUUUUUUUUUUCAUUUGUACCUUUUUUUUAGCUUUAUUGUAUCAUGAUCUCUUUGUCUUGUUGCUUAAUUAAGAGCAACCUAUAGUUCUCUUUUUUAUGUUGUGUUUGGUGUGUCAUUUUGCUACCAAUUAUUAAUGUACCGUGUUUAGUAAUUUCAAUGCCAUCAAUUAUGUCAGGUUUAUUUUA